AUGGCUGGCUCAUCGAUAAAGAAGCGCUCAAUCAGCGAUGGUCCUAAGAGCCGGGCGGCACGGCCGACCAAAAAGCAAAGGAAAAUAGCGGCCUACCACAGCAGCUCUGAAGAAAGUGGAAGCGACGAUGAGAAUGCACCUGUUCCCGCCAACCUGCUCGACUCGGACGACGAGGACCUCGACAACAUCGAGGUAGACGACGGCGCAUCUUCAGCCGGCUCCGCAUCCGAUUCCAACUCACAAUCCGAGGCCGAAACAGCACCAAAACCUAAACCCUUCGUCGCCCGAGACGCCCCCGCCUCCCCCAACUCCGCCGGCAGCAAAGAAGAUCACUCAUCCGACGACGGCGACCAAGAUGAGUUCUCCGACGCCGCCAGUCACAGCGACGACGAUUCGGCAACAGAAUCACGGCGCGGCGGCAACGACACGCGGUCAAAACGCAACGACCCGGCGGCGUUCGCGACGUCCAUCUCCAAGAUGCUAGCGUCCAAGCUGCCGGCGUCGCGGCGGGCAGACCCGAUCGUGGCGCGCAGCGCGGCGGCGGCGGAGCAGUCGCGGCAGGCGGUGGACGCGGCGCUUGAGGCCAAGGCGCGCAAGCGGCUGCGCGAGCAGAAGCGGCUGGCCAUGGAGAAGGGCCGCGUGCGCGACGUACUGGUCGCCAGCACCGCGCGCACCCUCAACGUCGCCACCGGCGAGAUCGAGGAGGUCCCCGACGUCGCCCCCGGCGAGGCCGCCACCACGGGCGAGAUCCUGGCCGCCGAGAAGAGGCUGCGCAAGGUCGCCCAGCGCGGUGUCGUCAAAUUGUUCAACGCCGUGCGCGCCGCGCAGGUCAAGGCCACCGAGGCGGAGAGGGCCGCCCGCAAGGAGGGGGUCGUCGGGGUGGAUCGGAAGCAGGAGAAGGUUACCGAGAUGAGUCGGAAGGGGUUUUUGGAUCUGAUCGCGAGCGGGGGUGGGGGGUUGAAGAAGGGCGGUUUGGAGGAGGCGUAG